AUGGCAGCUUAUGCAGCUUUAGUGUCUCUUAAUCAUAUCAUUAACCAACUCCAGCAUCAUCCCAACACUCCAAUUUCUCUUGAAAAAAAUCAAACUGAAUCUCUAACUGAGAAGAUUACUUUCCUGCAAGAAUUUCUCGAGAGUUAUUCAAUUAAUAGUGGCAACGAAGAAUAUGAGCAUGACUUGUUGAGUCGCAUUGCAGAUGCAGCAUACGAGGCAGAAGACAUAAUCGAAUCCAACAUAGUCAUCCAAAUUCUUGCAAGUACUACAACUGAUCUUGAGGAGGAUAAAAUCAGGUCCAGUGAUUUAUAUCAAGGUCUAAAGAAAGUGAUCCUAGGCAUGGAUCUGAUCAAAAGAGAAGUCAUGGAGAUUAAAGAGAUGAAAAGAAUCCAAAAUCCGAAACAGCAAAUUUCGGCCUCUGCUGGCUCACGAGAUUUUCUUUCCACGGCUCACAGAAUCAUGGUUGGUUUGGAAGAUGUCAAAAUCGAGAUCAUGGAUAGGCUCACCCGUCCGUCAAGCUAUCGUCAAAUUACACUGAUUUUCGGCAUGGGUGGCAUAGGUAAGACUACAUUAGCCAGAAAUAUUUAUUCAGCUCCACUUAUUAAGCACCACUUUGACAUUCUUGCCUGGGCCACGAUUUCGCAACAAUAUAAUGCCACAGAAAUUCUUCUACAACUUCUCGUAUGUGUGCAAGGCGAAGGGAACAGGGGAAGCUUGAAUCACAAGAGCCAACAUGAAUUGGGAGAAAUAUUGUACAAAACUUUGGUAGGUAGGAGGUAUUUGGUUGUACUGGAUGAUAUGUGGAGUAUUGAGGCAUGGGAGAAGGUGCACUUCUUUUUUCCUGACAACAACAAUGGAAGUAGGAUGAUGGUAACAACUCGUAUGUCGGAUUUGGCUAUCCAAUUAAAUGGCUCAGAUAUUCUCGAGAUGAAUCUUCUAGAUGGAGAUAAAAGUUUGAAUCUACUCUGCAAAAGUGUGUUUGGAGAGCAGGAAUGUCCUCUUGAAUUGAAGGAAACCGGAAUGAAGAUUGCCAGAAACUGCAAAGGGCUUCCUUUGUCGAUUGUCGUGAUUGGAGGACUCUUGGCAAAGUCCAAAAAAACUCUACAAUACUGGGAAUACGUCGCAGAAAAUUUAAACCCCAUUCUGAAUAGAGAAGAUGAUGAACGCUGCUUAAAAGUAUUAGAGACGAGUUAUAACUGGCUGCCAGUUCACCUGAAGUCAUGUUUUAUGUAUAUGGGCAUUUUCCGCGAAGAUAGCACGAUUCGUGUUUCUGAUCUUAUCAAAUUAUGGGUCGCCGAAGGAUUUCUGAAACCAAUUCCUGGAAAAACCUUGGAAACAGUUGCAGAAGAUAACCUGAACGACCUCAUCCAAAGAAACCUCGUUUCAAUCCAUUCGUGCAGCUUUAACGGGAAAAUAAAAUUCUGCAGCAUGCACGAUAUCUUGAGAGACCUCUGCUUAAGAGAAGCUCGCAAGCACAAGUUUCUUUGCAUAGUAAGUCGACACGAUCUUGAAGUCCGGCAAAUCCAAGACAGGCGUCAUAUUGGCGUUCAUGCUGGCACAACUCCUAAAUCCAUCGACACCCUGCAAUCGGCGCCCUUUGCCCGUUCUUUAAUAUGCGACAUUCAUUUUCAAGACGUUUUACCAUUGCGUACCUUCAGAUUGCUGAGAGUGUUGCGUGCGCAGAGAGCGAUUAAUCAGAAAACAUAUUUCGGAAAACGAGAUGUCAGGUACCGACCAAAUGAUAUUUUUCAGCUAGUGAACUCACGGUUCCUUGCGGUGGACUCUGACUGGAGCUGGAUAUCUCGAGUUCCUUCCUCAAUCCACCUCUUCUGGAAUCUGCAGACGUUAAUCGUUAAGGGCAGGCACCAGCUUUUCGCGCCACCCGAGAUAUGGAGGAUGCCUCGGCUCAGGCACGUCAAAUUCGACGAACUCUAUCUCCCAAACACCCGAGGAGACGACGAAUUCGUUUUGGAUAGCUUGCAAACGCUGUCGAGAGUAGGAGAUUUCAAGUGCGGUGAAGAUGUGAUUAAGAGAAUCCCUAAUUUAAGAAAAUUGAAAAUAUUUUACUGGGCGCUCGAGGGAUGGUCGAGAUACAGCCUCGGCAACCUGCAGCUUAUGCGCAAGCUCGAGUCCCUCGGCUGCUACUGGUGCGCGCACGAGAUGCGGAGCGGGAAGGAACUGGUCAGGAGCCUCGCAUUCCCGGGCUGGCUCAGGGAGCUGACCUUGGAAGGCUGCCGCCUCGAGUGGGGAGACCUGGCCGCGAAGGUGGGCCCGCUGCCGUCUCUGGAGGUGCUCAGGCUGAAGACGUGGUCGUUCGUGGGGCCCGAGUGGGAGACGGUUGAGGGGCAUUUCUGUAAUCUCAGGGCUCUGCUCGUUUGUCGGUGCGACGAUCUGGAGCGGUGGACGACGGACAGGGCACACUUUCCUCGGCUAGAGCGACUCCGGAUGCGGAGGAUGUACCGGCUGAGGGAGAUACCGCCGGAGAUUGGGGAGAUAGCGACGCUUGAAUUGUUGGAGGUGACCGGUUGUACGCCCACCGCCAAUGCCUCUGCGGUGAGGAUAAGGGAGGAGCAGGAGGAGAUGGGGAACGUGGGCCUUCAAGUUCGAGUUGGCCCAUGA